AUGGUCCGCUUCAACCUCUUGUCGCCGAAAAAGGACGGCAAACGGUCCAAUUCUGCUCCGCAAGUCCCGGCGACGCCUGAUAUACCAGAUGCGGCCCCGCUCUCGCCAGAACUCGUCCCGAUCGUGACCCUUCUCACGGCCCAAAACCACCGCCGUUACUACGAGGGCGUCUUCAUGUUCUACUACGACUUGGGCACCGACGGCAAGUCCGGCGACCGUGUCUGGAAGGAGGUGUAUGGUAUUUUGACCGGUAAUCAGUUGGCGUACUGGGAUGCCAAGGACUUGGCGCUGUGUAGAGACAUGCCCGAGAAGUUGUUGGAGACCAGCUGCCGUCCUCAGUACCUCAAUUUCUCGGAUGCUGUAUUCAACGCCAUGGCCGUGCUUCCCACGGCAAAACUGCAGCUCGAGAACGUCAUCGUGGUGCUGACCACCCUCAAGAAUAGAUUCAUUAUACAGUUACGUACCCAGGCCCAGUUGCAGGAAAUGCUCGUUGCGCUUAGGCUUUCUGCGUAUGAAUAUCAAGCAUUGCAGGAAGCUUACACCGGUGCAUUGUUGUCUGCUCGUGGGCUGCAGCUCUCUGACAUUCGUACUAUUUUGACUGCAACACGUUAUGACCACGCCGAGUGGGUCAAGAUUCGUUACGGCAGUGGUACGGCCUGGAAGCGCUGCUACAUGGUCAUCCAGCCGCUGACUUCGAAAAAGCUAAAGAAGGGCCUUGUGUUCGGCCGUGUGCUCAUAUACGAGAACGACACAUGCAAAAAGAAGGACAUGAUUGGCGAAAUCUCCGCGGUGACUUCGUUGUGCGCCGUGUAUCCACAACUGCAUUUCUUCAUUGAUAAAUCUACCAUGAUGAAGUUGGAAGGAAAAAUCAAUUUCCGUCAAGGCGGCAGUUCCCGCCUGAAACGCGGAAGCUCCGAGCCAAUGGAAAAUGACGCUUCCUUGUUCAUCAUGCCCGAAGAGCAUCAAUCUGUGCCUGGAUACGACACAUUGAUUCGUUUCCUUGUUCCACUCAUGGACGCGUUCGGUCAAUACGGACGUCCCAAGAGGUUGAAGGCUGACCGCAUGGACCCCGAAUCGUUGUUGUUUGGUCUCCCUACCUUGCCAUGUGUACACUACUUGGAAGUUCAAGAUCUUUUGGGAGGAAUGCCAUCAAGUCAGUAUAUUGAAUGGGACGCUCCACAGUGGCGCUCAUACAUCAAGAGCUUGUUGUCUCGCAAAUUGGCACAAGGCUACAAUGGCUGUGGCUCUGCCAGAUCUCUUCAUUUACAAGGACAGAUCAGUGGCGGCUCUACUCCUAGAAUCAUGAGUCCGCUUACAGGACGCUUCCCUACAGCAUUGUCUCCUUCACCAACCAAUUCCGACCUCAAAGCUAUCGCUUCCGAUCGGAAGGCAAGCUUGGGUGCUAGCCCAGCCACCUCCAGUGGAUUGAACCCCGGCGCAUUUUCUUCUGCAGGCGAGCAUAAGCUCCCAUCUGUUCCUUCGAAGCAAGGUGGAUACCCAAUGGCCGGCUCUCCAUCCAAGGCGCCACGCAAUGGCGCCAUGCCUGGUAUGGCUGUAGCUGGAGCAGCUGCUGGAGCAGCUAUCGGUGUCGCAGCUUCGCAUGGUCAAGCUCCUAGACGCAAGAACGACCUCGCUGAGAUCUACCAAAACUACACAAAGUUACAGGCACCAACCGACCAAUUCAAUGACAGAAACAAGAUUUUGAAUGGCUCAGAGGAAGAAAUCGACGAGACCAAGUUACCAACCUUGAUGCGCAAGAAAUCGCUCAUGCACGGCCCAUACCCUACGAAAGACAAAUUCAUUGGAGAGAGCGAGGACGAGUUAGAUGAAAGCGAAGAAGAGUCUGAAUACAGUGACGAAGAUGAUUCAUAUCAAGAGAGCUACAGUCCACGUGGUGAAGAACGCCUCAACUCGAGAUCUCCUGAGAGACCCUCUGCGCAGUUCUUAGCUCCAAAGCAGUAUGAGGAACGGAACCUGAGCUACUCAUCUGUUCAAUCGCCCAAUACGCAAUAUCAGGAGUUCAACAAGCAGUUUUCAAAGAGCUUCAAGAACCCAAUGCAAGAUUCUGUCAAUUUGAACAACUCGGACUAUGGCAGCGACAACGAAAGGGAUGCCCCUCUUCCACCAGCCCAUGGCAGCAACUCCGCAGCCAGAAAGCUAAGCUAUCCUCUGAUCGAGACUCGUUCGCAAGGCGUUCAACAAUCAUACCCCAGCAUUCAGCACCAACCGCCUACUCCUUCUCUGGAUGAAAGGCGCGGCAGUGAUGCAUCUGGUGGAUACAAGCCAGGUCCAUCCCAUGAGGUAAAACAGGGCCAACCGCUUACGCCCGCAGAGGAGAGAUUUACGCAGGGUCCCAAACAUAUUCGCCCACCUAACCAGCAACAACAGUCUCACCAGUACCAGCAGCAAAACCAGUACCCUCAGAACAGCCCUAACAACCAAUCAAGCAUGCAAUCAAUGCAGAACAAGUUCCAGAACACCUCAAUUGACCCCAGGGGAUACGAGCAACAGAUGGCUCCUCAGGGUAAUCCUUAUGGUAGAUCCCAAUAUCUGCAGGGGCCCUCGGCCUCUCUGCCAACAGGACCGGGUCCAAACGGUCAACAAUCGUAUAACAUGCAAUACCAGCAGCAACGCCCAGCUUACCAGGCACAACAUCCACAACCUGGUAGUCCUCAGCAGCGUGGCCAAUACAUGCAACAAAGACCUCCCCAGCAGAACCAAUCGUUGCCACCCCGUCCUCAACAAGGUCUGCAUGGCCAAGGUGUAUUUCAACAGGGCUACGGAGCCCCUAGCCACGCUCAGCCUCACGGCCAAUACGGUAGCCCCGGUUAUGGACCACCACCAAAUGGACAGAGCUACGGGCCGGGGCCUAACGGACCAGGGCCCAAUAGCCAAAAGGGCGGAUAUCGCCCAGCCCCAAAUCAAUAUCAAUACGGCCAUGGCGCCAACCCAGGCAUGCAGAUCCCCAACAGACCCCAGCAGGCCCCAGCACCCAUGCAACAAGCUCGGCCAGGAUACGGAGGGCAGUAUCCUAGCCAGAGCAGUAACAUGCUGAAUCAUGGACAGCCUCCAAGGCCCAAUCCAUAUGCUCAACAAUCUUCGCUGAGCAUGCGCUCGGAUGACCAGGAGCAAUACCAGUACCAGGUCAAUCCCAACAUGGCUCCCAGACGGAAGCCAAAUCAAGGAGCAUAUCCCGGUCCGGGCGACGGCGCCUAUGGACUGGGUAGUAACUCACGCUAUCAGUAG